AUGGCCUUGCCACCACCACCUCGCCAGCUGCCUCCGUCUAGCACCAAGGCACCACCCCCUUUCAUCCCAGACCGGAGAAUUGCUACUACGUCCUCGACAUCAGACGUGUCACCACCUCGCCCAUCCUCUCUGCCACCCAAGGAGAAGCCAAGUUCUCUGAUUCAGGUUGAAGGCGAGAUGUCAACUUUGAAAGGCACUAUCAACUCCAUGGUGGACCAGCUGAGCGCCUUCGCAUCCAAAGUCACUCGUGUCGCGCUGGAAGUCGGAACGCAAGGUAUUUUGUGUAGUCAGGCUCGCGUAGAAGGCGUGCAGGGUACCUGGGCUGACUUGACACUCGAUGUGAACAAAAUGGCUAGUAAUCUGACCGACCAAGUACGAUCAAUCUCAGAGGUCACAAAAGCUGUUGCCUUGGGCGAUCUAGGCAAAGUCGUCAACGUCAAUGUGCAGGGAGAAAUGCUAGAUUUGAAGAUGACUGUCAAUUCUAUGGUUGCCCAAUUGUCUACUCUUGCCAACGAAGUCACUCGUGUGUCUUUGGAAGUCGGUAUAGAAGGUAUCUUAUGUGGGCAAGCGUAUGUCCCCGAUGUGCUGGGCAUGUGGAAGGUUCUUACAGAUAAUGUUAACCUCAUGGCCAUGAAUUGGACCAGCCAGGCUGGUGGUGACUUGACGAAGAAGAUUGAAGUCGACUUGCGUGGCCAAAUUAAGGAGUUGAAGGAGACCGUCGAUGGCAUGACCGAAAGCUUGAGUCUCUUCACCGAUGAAGUCACUCGUGUCGCAAGAGAGGUCGGUACAGAAGGACGAUUGGGAGGUCAGGUUCUGCGUCUCCUGUGA